CCAUAUUUCAAAACAAAUAACUCAUACAUAACAAAAAUAUUUAAUGAACAAAAGAAGGAAGUUGUACAUCUUAGACCACCUACUAAUUCAUAUAUAUUACAAACAAUCUUAGUCCACCUGCUUUCUUCAUGACGCAUGCAUCACCAGCACAAUAGUCAUUAUGCUACGUAUGAUGACACCAUCCUUGAUUUAGUUGCUAAUCAAAGAGCUCUAGUUUAGUUAUUUAUAUGAUAUAUUAAAACUCUAAUUACCAUACACCAAUGAAUCCCCUCAAUAUCAUGACAGAAAACACGAAGAAACAUUAAGAAAGCAAUACUUUUAGUUAUAACCUUCAGCUUGUUGAAUGAACUAUCCAUGACUCUCAAUACUUCAAGAGGAUAAAAUUGAUCAGUGGAAUCCGAUUACAAUUAUGAGGGAGCUGAGAAGACGAGAGACAGAAACGGCAGCUCCAAUUUUGAAGCAAAACUUUCCUCAGAAAGCUCAACCUUCUUUGGAAUCCGAUAUCAAUUCACAUGAAGUCAGCCCUCACCAUCUGCAUCCGGUUUCGCCCUACUUCCCUGUGUACACCGCUGCCUUGAUCCAAGAUGUGUUGAGGUCGAACGGAUUUCCGUUCAAUCUUAUCCCGAAGAAGGUGAGUAACUAUAACUUGUCGGAGACAGGGCUUCUAGAAUUAUUCCUUGAAGGGCCAUGCUGGACCAAGUUCAAUUUGACACAUCUCACGACAGUCUCACCAGCACCAAAGGCUUGAAGGGUUGUGGCUAUCUGUACUAUAGAGUAUGUGGUCAGGACCAAUCGCUCUCACAACAGUCUUAUCGGCACCAAAGGCUUUCUCCCCAGGAAGAGCUCUUCGUUUAGCUCCCAGUCAAAGGCGUCAUCGGCCACGGUCCCUUAAAAUUAUGUCUUUGGAAAGUUAUUAUGAUUAUGUCUUAUAUGAGUAAUUUGACGGCACUAAAGUCAUGUGUUUCAAAAUAAAUUCCACUACCAGCACUAACUAUAGUAGUAUAAUGUAGUAGAGUUUGUAUCUACAGGGAAAUAUAUUUCUUCUUAUAUGAAAUUGUCACAAAAGGGGAGUUUGAUUUUUUAUUUGAGAAGUAUUUUAAACACUAAGAUGAAUGAUUUAUGUCAUUAUAAUUAAAUGAGACAAGGGUUUGGUUUUACUA